GGCUUUUUGAGUGCGAGGUCGAGAGGAACCCGCGAGAGAGUUCUGCGUCGGUUACUCUGUACAACGAGAACUAGUUCUUGCUGUUGCAAAGUUUUAACUGGAGGUAGCUGCGUGGGUCUUCAAGAAGUUUUAAAAAGGCCGCAAAGUAGGAAAAACAGUAUGGAGCCCGCAGAAAGCGAGUAAGUAAAGGACCUAAGCGCUUCCGUGGACGACGAGACUUCCGUGGACGACGGACGAUUUUCUUUGAUGUAGUUCUUCUGUCGCUUUGUGUCCGGUAGGACAACGCUUUGAAAACCGACAGCCUGCCGCCUGCAGCUUUUUUUUUCUUCAUCGUGAAGAAAGUUCCAGAUUGUGCACAGAGACACGGUCCGAAAGGAAAAUGUCGAUGCCCCGUGGUGCUGGAGGUCCACCUCCGCCCGUAGGCUGUGGUGAUGGUGCGAGCGACUACGCAUCACCAUGCGUGAGUGAGCGCGUGCUCCUGGGUGCUAUCGGAACGCCAGGGUUUCACACACCGGGGCAAAUGAGCAACGCAACGCCAACCAGUCAGCGCCGCCACAAGGCCGGAAGUGCCAUGGACGAUGCGUAUAUUCAUGCUACUGUGACGAGAACCACACCGGAUACUCGUGUUUUUGUGUUGAUGUUGUUAAUGAAUUUUUCAGAAUCUGUUGUGGUUGAUGAAGAUUCCUUUAGUUCCUUGGAAUCUGAUUCUCCUAGCACUUCUGUGGUACUAGCAAGGCAGAUGAAAAAUCCUCACCUCCAGCCGGAGCGAGGAUGCCUUCGGGACGCCCGGCGAGAUCCCGCUUUGCGAUAUGGACGAAAGGACGGGUGCCGAUUGCGUAGCAACAAAACCACGCGAAGCGACCGCAAUGGCUCAGCAGGUGGCGAUGUCGACCCGGCAGCCAGACUUUGGUGGGGCAUCAUCCGAAGCACCAGAGCCUGCUUGCGGCAGCUCCAAAUCUUCCUCGUGCAGUUCCCGCAGUGGCGGCUCUGAGGGAAGCAGUAGUUUAUUUCUAGCGAAAAAUGAAGCUGGUUGUGCUGGUUCGAGUUCAUCUUCUUAUCCCAAUGGCUCCCCGCCGCCUUCAAGUAGUAAACUGUUCGUGACUGCGCGAGAUGACGCGUCCGGUUCCGAACAAGAAGGGGAGUUCUUCGACGAUGCCGCCCUGCAAGAUGUCUACCCGAAGCGCGGAGAAAGCGACCUGCACUUCCACAGCGAGUUUAGCGAGCAAGAGAACGAUAAUUGCUACGAGGAGGGUAUGAUCUUCGUUUCGGUUUUCGAUGUUUUUUUUUUCGUCGUGUGAUGCAUUUGCAUUUGUUUCAUCAAUCUGACACUGACUCAUCUAUCUCAUGCAUCGAUCCUUUUUGUUCGGCAACUACUCCGUUGUUGAGCCACGAACGGCUACUCGUCCGGGCCAAAAUCGAAAGGGGUGAUGUUGGGAAAAUACCUCAGGUUUUUCAAAAUCUACCUCAACAUCUUCUGCCGGCGUUCCCGCUGUAGUGCCACUUCUUGGGCCGGAGCCAGGGCCACAUACCAGCUCGCAUGGCAUCUAUCCUGACGAAGGGGAUGUCGAGGAGGAUGAUGGACCAGCAUCGGGGACCGUUACCAUUCCGCCCCCUGACUACGGUAGAUCACGGGGAGCGCAGGACAGUCUACAAGACCGGACGAGAGGCAACGAAAACGAUGUUGUCAAAAUCCCAAUCUCAGCGACUCAGACAAAACGAAGCUCUCCAGCGUCCGAGCACAGCUAUUGUUCCUCACAGGUGGAGGCGUUGCUCGUACUACUUCUCUGGACAGAAAUUUUACUCGAUUUGGCAACGUUAAUAUAGCCGAGGACCUUGUUGCUAUUGCUUGCUUGCCACACUGGUUAUGUACGAUGGUCAAAUGAGAAUGAGUUUUCUUUUUCAUGCUCACAUACCACUGAGUGACUCCUUUUUUCUCUUUGUCUCCAGCCUCCGCCCAGCUCCGCGCGAAAGCGAAUACAGGCAGCGAGUCCUACAUCCAUUUCGACGGGUAAGCCACUGAGCUCGUGCGAAGACGACUCCACAUCGUUUCAGCCGUCCACCAUAAUUCGGCCAAACUCUGUGUCACCCUUCGACGCUGUUAUUCUCAACGAGCUUGCGUCCCUCAAAGAAGCCCAGGCCGGCAACAGGGCAGCGAUUAACGGAAAGGUAUGGGAGCAGUUGUAAAAGUAGUACUAAUGAUGUGCUUGCGAACGAAUAAAAAGCAACUUAAAAUAAGUGAUAUCGAUUGUGCUAUAGCGUCUUUGCACUUUGUUCUCAACAUGCUCCUCGAUACGAUUUCGAUGCUGUUGCUGGCUGACGAGAUGAGAACCUGAGACGGAAGAAGCAAGAAUUUGAACUUCGACCAGGUUGGUGCUGCCAAUCCAGUCGUCAGAACUACAACUGUAUGAACUGCAAAAGUAUCGUACUCGUAUAAAUGCAUUACAAAUUUCCUCAGCAUAAGAGAUGAGAUUUGUAAUGCGGAUUUACCUUAAGAAAAAGAUUUGUAAUGCAAGACUUGCAUUUAUACGAGUGCGAUACUUUUGCACAGGAUAAACUGGAGGCAAUAAAGCGACAGGGUUUCCUUCACCAACACAAAGUGUUGUCUUGGGUUAUGCCGUUUUCAACUGUUACAUUCUCAAUUGUUACAUGAAUUUGUGAUGCAAGAAUGCCAAAAGUCAAAGGGGUGACCUUGCGCGUCUUGCAUGACAAAUUUGGCGCAGAUUCUCAGCCUGUUUGGCUCUUCGGGAGUUUGUCAUGCGAAGCAGCUUGAUCGUGUCAAUUCUGAUUGGGAUUGCAAUUUUGCAUGACAAAUCAUAUAACAGUUGAGAAUGUAACAUUUGAGAACUCCAUAUGGGUGCUGCCGCAACUCAACAAUUACGACAGCAACGACCAUGGGCAAGAACGACGAAUACUAGCAGCAGUUCGUCUACUCUUCAGGAGCCCCCCGCGGCUGCUCUGAGAAAAGGUUCACCUUCUCCGGGAAACACGACGUUACCGAAUUCCAAGGUAAACAUCACGCAAACGCGUGCUUCUGUGGGUAAGAUUCCGUUUCCUCCCUUCUCAACUGUGGGGUCGUUGGUGAGCUGCUCGAGUCCAAAAGCCGAAAAACCGCUACUGCUUCACGUCGCGGCUGCGCAAAGUCGUGCUGCCUCCGAGACGCGGGGCUGGCGCGUGCCGAACUUUUCCAUUGGAAACCGUGCAAGCUGCAAGCGGGAGGAGUCUGCACCCUGCGGUCCUGCGAAACAAGUGCAUCGCACGACGGUAAGUAUGAUGUUAUGUGAUUUGUUGCACGACAAGAACUUGCUGAUGGUGAUGGUCCCUUCUUGUCAAAAACAAAAGUGACGUGUGCUCCUUUCGUUGAUUUCACGAACCUUGCGUUGGCAACAUCAGUUUCGCUACGUGCACUCUCUUCAUACUGUUUGCACAGCACGUCUUUACGAUCAAGCCUCCGCCGCCGUUCCCUCAACUGUUGCACGAACCCGUGAUGCCGUGCAAGCGCGCGCUUUCCUGGCGCGGUGAGCGGGUUUUGCCUCCAAUAACGCCGGUGCCGCGUGUAUGGAUGUGUCAGGAUCGAAAUCGACAAAAUCGAAAACGUUGCGAUGCGUAGAAUGUAAAGCACUGAAGGCCUGUAUUGGGGAGCAGGCACAUGAGACCGAUUGUAAGCCUGAUUAGGGGUAUGCAAUCUGCUGCCAGAGUAGCAUGACAGGAGCAGCCUUCUUUGCCCAAACAGCAUGACAGACUGGAUUUGGGUGCUCCCGAAAUUUGUCAUGCGCCACUUGGAAGCUGAGGCUCCAACUGGCAUCGAUUUUGUGCAUCACAAAUUUUUCGAUUUUGCCAAUUUCCAUUUCGAUUAUGACACUUCCAUAGCGUGGAGGUUUCGGGCCCCGCCAACCGGACAUCGGCACCCCCUUCGAAAUAUGAAUUGCAAAAGCAUCGUACUAGUAUAAAUUGCAUUACAAAUUUUCUCAGCAUGAAAAAUUGAAUUUGUCCUGCUGUUUUACAUUGGAAAGGGCAUUUGUCAUGCAUAACUGCAAUUAGUACUUUUGCACAGGAUACGAAAAGUUUCUCGACCACAAGCAGCGAUACGCAUCCGCGUCGGUGACCAGAACCAAGCGGCGCACGUUUCCCGCGGCGGCCUGUGUGGCAGGAGGAGAAAAAACGAAGCAGCUGCAGGAGGAAAACGCAAUAAGCAGUGGCUCACCUCCUCCUCCCGGUGACUUACAGAACCCCUCGCAGAAGUGCGACCGCGCGACCACAACCCGGAAUAAAACCGUGAGCACUAGUACUAGCACGGUUACCACUGCAAAGACCAAGGACCCUCAGACGACGAGCACGGACGCCGCCAGAGUUGUCGAAAAUAACGCGAGGGAAACUUUGCCAGCUAACGCAUGCUCCGCUGGUGGAGUCCCGCUGCUGGCAGAAGAGAAAUCAAAGAGUGCGAAUGCUAAUUUCUCAACAUCAAGCUCAGAUGAAAACAAGCAGCAGCCGUCGGGAACUACGAGUUCUGCAUCCUCCUCCAGCGGAAGAAUCGAAGCUCAGCGUCUUUUCUCCCAAGCUGCAACGAAAACUACGACUGUGGUGACAACUGGAUCGCUGCACCGAAAUUUACUGCUGACCGGGACCACGGUCGGCGGACGGGGCCGGCCACCGCCCAGCACGACCCAUCGCGUCGUGACCGGCAUGACGUCCUCCGCAGCGGUCGCCAGCGGUGCGGUGUCUCGCGGCACGUCGCAGAGCAGCACCGCUGGAGCGACUCGACGACUGGCCUCUUCGAACAAUUGUUCUCGCGAGGCGAGUUUGAAGCGCGGUGUGUGCUACUGGCACCAUUCACCGUAUAGUUCGGUGAGUCACCGGCUCCGCGGCUUUGCAACACGAGCUGGGGGGCAGCCCCCGCAAGCGCAGAUGAUACCGGCGCAAAAGUUGUUGGUCCCCACCAUCGGAGCUGGAGGAGCAGUGACGCAGCAGCAACCAGGUCAGGGGACUGUUCCAAGUUCUAGAAUUUACGAGCAGCCGCAGCAACAAGCACCGAAGUCUGAAGAGACCUCGGGUAUCAUAACGCCGCAGCAACCGCCGUUCAGCUCAGGGACAGGCGGCGUACAGUGGCAGCGUGCGCGCCCAAGCUGGAGUGUGAGCGGGAAACUGAAUCCGUCCCCAUCGCCUGGAAGGAUCGUCCCCGGUAGUGGCAGAAGUGGUGCCCGCCACAGUCCGCUCGGCCAAACGAAUUUCCGACCGUUCUCCCCGUCGGCCGCGGUGACACUGCCGUCGCCGACUCGCAUGCCGUCGGGCUGGCCAGCCCACGGACCUCCGAUAAAGACAAGCGUGACGGCGAUUCCGCCCGGGACUACCGCUAGUGCCGCGGCAGGUGCUGCCGGACCAGCCAUACCACAGGCUGCGGACGCGUGCAACAUCACCACGACGACAAGCAGUUUCUCGAGCAAUGAGCCGUUGAGUCAGUCGAUGCAGAUUAGGUCCAGCGCUUCGAUAAGGAGCAACACAAUCCUCGCAGCCAGUGCCGUACCCGCAUCGGUACCGGUUGCAACCAGACAAGCCAUGCUCCAGGCCCACCAGCCACCGGCGGGCGCGCCAAGACUUUGUGUGGGCUCCGUGCUGGCGCCGAGGAUACCUUUCGUCUUUGCCGCGCCAACGCGGGGCCGCGCUCCAGUGCAAUAA